CCACGAUCUUUAUGAGGUCUCUCGAUUGAGCUAAUAUCCUCUGAUCAUCAUCAACACAGCGGAACGAUGAUGCAGCAGCUCUUCUCUUCUCUUGUACAUUGAACAUUUAGACUUCGGCUUGUCCUGAACGACGCCAUGGAUGGCAGACACGCUUCCCUUGCUUCUUAUAUCAUGUUUUCUGCUUUUAAUCUUGCAUUUAGCUACGGUGUCACGAAGAACAUGUACCCAUAUUAGUUUGGCCAUCGAGUCAUUGCGUCGCUACUGCGUGCAGCAUUUCCGGUGUCAUCACAAUGGGUGGAUAUCCAUCAAUGCUUCAAUCAAAAGUCAUCUUUCACGAUCUCGCCGUGCAGAAAAUAGAACAAGUCUUACAUAUCAUGAUGAUCAUGACCAGAAGCCAACGAUCUUUCCUCAAAGCGCGUUGUUAGGAAAGAUAGCAGAGGAGAUCAGGUUCUUACCGGCUUCGACAGUCCUCAAUCUGGCUCAUCAUCCGCAAAUCUUCGUGCGUGCUUCGGGUUUGAUGACGACAAAUUGUCCCUUCGAGAGAAUUGAGAUAAUCGCGGUCUCUUCAAAUGACAAAUGGAUAUUCAUGUUCCAGCAUCCCCUGCUUUGUCCCAAAACAGGUCUAUUUGUCAUUGACUAUGGAAGGACGAUCCCAGUAUGUUCCAGAACACUACGAUGUCCAUGAAUCCAUUGGUGAUCCGCUGAUCGACAGGGUAUUAUCAUGGCUUCUUCUUUGCCCG